UAGUCCAGAGAGACAGGAGUGGGCGAUGGGUUCCCGCUGUGCCAAGCUCAGCACUGGCCAUGGCCCAGCCCAGAACACUGGUCACAGCCGUGGCCACGAGUCCUCCAUGAAGAAGCUCGUGGCCUGUGUGAGUCAAGACAACUUUUCCCUGUCAUCAGAGGGCGAGGAAGAGGAGGAGGACGAGGAAGAGGAGGAGGAGGAAGAAGAAGAAGAGGAAGAGGAGCAAAUCCCGGUGAAGGGCAAGCUGCUGCUGCUGGAGCCCGAAAAGCAAGAGAGCGCCGAGGAUGGGGAGGCCCAGCCAAGCCCCGAGCCCAAGCAGACACACUCCUGAGCCACAAGGCCUGCCUGGCAAUGGGUGCCCAUUGCCACGCCAGAGGACAUUCAGAAAAGAAUAAAGAGUCUCCAUG